AGUAAGAAGCAACAACUCCUCUUCCCAGACCUUAACAAAUCAACUAAACUUAGAUGUUAAACAAUUAAAAAGGCUCAUCACGAGUUAGCUGAUUAUUCCUAAGUCCUAACCAACCACUUCUCCGAAUAAGGACUAUAUAAAUACUCGUCCAGCUUUCAUUAGUUUCCCACCACAAGUAGAAAACAUUUCAAUACACAAUCAACACACUUCUUCUUUCUUUAAAUCCCAGCUGCAAGAGAUAAUGGCGAAAGAGUCCACCACCAUUGACAUUGGCGAAACGAGCACCGUUACAAAAAGUACAAGCCAUGCCUUGGUGGACGAGAAGAAGAAGGGUUUUGUGACAGCCGCCCCAGGAGGCGGCUACAAGAGAGGUUUGACCAUAUUUGAUUUUCUCCUCCGUUUGGCGGCCAUAGGAAUCACCAUCGGGGCUUCCUCUGUCAUGUUCACCGCCGAGGAGACACUUCCCUUCUUUACUCAGUUCUUACAGUUCCAAGCCGGUUACGAUGACUUUCCCACGUUUCAGUUCUUUGUGAUAGCUAUAGCCAUAGUGGCCAGCUAUCUCGUCCUUUCACUUCCCUUUUCCAUCGUCACUAUUGUCCGACCACUAGCAGUUGCGCCCCGGCUCAUCCUGCUCAUCUCCGACACCGUGGUCUUGACGCUUACCACAGCAGCAGCCGCUGCGGCAGCAUCAAUUGUCUACCUCGCACAUAACGGUAACGCAAACACCAAUUGGCUCCCCAUUUGUCAGCAGUUUGGAGACUUCUGCCAAACGGCAAGUACUGCAGUUGUAGCUGCAUCUAUCUCGGUUGUCUUCUUUAUCCUUCUCAUUGUCAUCUCAGCCAUUGUCCUAAAAAGGCAUUGAUCUGAAAGUUUCUGCAUGUAUAUGUUUGUGUUGUGUCGUGUGCUUUGUGCAAAAUGAAAUGAUAGAUAUAUGGUAUCAUUAAGGUGUGGUCCGAGUGGAAAAUGAAACCGGAAUUCAUGUAUUUUGUAAAGAAAUUUGUCUUGGUUCAUGUUGAAAGCUUAUCUUAAAGUUAAAAGCCGUAAAUCAUCUUACUAUCGUCUCUCUUUUGGUUUGCAUCAUUUUGACUAGAUUAUAAAUCAAAAUCCUUUUUCAGUUUCACUUCUGAAAAUUUUGAAAUUAAUCUUCUGUUAUAAAAGGGGUGGAUUCGAUGAAUAAAACCAAACAAAGAAGUGAUGAACAUUUUAAUCAUUUACAAAAAGGUCAGAUAACAUAAAUAAACCUAAACACAAAGUAUGAUUGCAAUUUCAAAGUAUACUACGUGUUUCGUUUAUCAAAAAAGGAAAAAGUGUACUGUUGGCAACCAUUUUUACGAUCAAUAUACGUUAUUUUUAGUGAUAAACGUGGAUAAAAGAAUUUAGAUGAAGAUUUCAGAAAAUUACAGUAUAUUUUAAUAUUUAAUUUACAGUAUGUUAUAAAAUUUGAACUCCUUUUUCUGAGGGCAGGAAGAAAGUAUUAUUUGUAAAAUUUAUAUGAAGUGUUGGUAAACAUAAAUUAAGGGAAUAACCUUAAAAUGAAUAUCGUAGAUAACGGUCAAACGGUAAACCCGGUCCUCGUACGAAUCGCACACCAUGAUUGAAGUACCGUAUGUGCCAAGAAAUUUAAAACCGUUUACUUUUUUUCAUUGAAUUUUUUAUCUAAACGAGUUUAGAACAAAUCAAACCCCAAGUUACUCCAAUUAUAGAACUCACGCGUCUUCAUAAACAUUGUCCUCUUCCAUCUUGUUUUUGUUUCACAAUUUUUGUUUUCUUUGCUACCCUCUCCGUUUAUUUAGUUUUGAUCCUUCUGGGUUCCUAGGAGAAAGAAAAGCAAUUCCAUUCUUCUUCAUACGUUCAAGAAUCCAUUCGAGGACGACAUCUUCCUAACAUCUUUGAUCUCUUCAAUAG